CGCUCGGGCGCCGCGCGAGCCUGCCGCUGCCAUGCGUCCGCGCGCGCCGCCUGCGCCCGGGCCCCGGCCGCCGCCCCGGGCCGCCGCCGCCGCCGCCGAGGACGCGGGGGGUCCCGGGCGGCGGGCCCUGGCGCCGCGCCCCUGGCGCUGGCUGCUGCUGCUCGCGCUGCCCGCCGCCUGCUCCGCGCCGCCGCCGCGCCCCGUCUACACCAACCACUGGGCAGUGCAAGUGCUGGGCGGCCCGGCCGAGGCGGACCGCGUGGCCGCGGCGCACGGCUACCUCAACUUGGGCCAGAUCGGAAACCUGGAGAAUUACUACCACUUCUAUCACAGCAAGACCUUCAAAAGAUCCACCCUGAGCAGCAGGGGCCCUCACACCUUCCUCAGAAUGGACCCCCAGGUGAAAUGGCUUCAGCAACAAGAGGUGAAGCGCAGGGUGAAGAGACAGGCACGGGGCGACCCCCAGGCCCUUUACUUCAACGACCCCAUUUGGUCCAACAUGUGGUACAUGCACUGUGGGGACAAGAACAGCCGCUGCCGAUCGGAGAUGAACGUGCAGGCGGCGUGGAAGAGAGGCUACACGGGGAGGAACGUGGUGGUCACCAUCCUGGAUGACGGCAUCGAGAGGAAUCACCCCGACCUGGCCCCGAAUUACGACUCCUAUGCAAGCUACGACGUCAAUGGAAAUGACUACGACCCUUCUCCACGAUACGACGCGAGCAAUGAGAACAAGCACGGCACGCGUUGCGCAGGAGAGGUCGCCGCCUCGGCCAACAACUCCUACUGCAUCGUGGGCAUCGCGUACAAUGCGAAGAUAGGAGGCGUCCGCAUGCUGGACGGGGACGUGACCGAUGUCGUGGAGGCGAAGUCGCUGGGCGUCAGACCCAACUACAUCGACAUCUACAGCGCGAGCUGGGGGCCCGAUGACGACGGGAAGACGGUGGACGGGCCGGGCCGGCUGGCUAAGCAGGCCUUCGAGUACGGCAUUAAAAAGGGCCGCCAGGGCUUGGGCUCCAUCUUCGUCUGGGCCUCGGGGAACGGGGGGAGAGAGGGGGACCACUGCUCCUGCGACGGCUACACCAACAGCAUCUACACCAUCUCCGUGAGCAGCACCACUGAGAACGGCUACAAGCCGUGGUACCUGGAGGAGUGCGCGUCCACCCUGGCCACCACCUACAGCAGCGGCGCUUUCUACGAGCGGAAGAUCGUCACCACGGAUCUGCGGCAGCGCUGCACCGACGGCCACACGGGGACCUCGGUGUCAGCCCCCAUGGUGGCGGGAAUCAUCGCCUUGGCAUUAGAAGCAAACAGCCAGUUGACCUGGAGGGACGUGCAGCACCUGCUGGUGAAGACAUCCAGGCCAGCCCACCUGAAAGCGAAUGACUGGAAGGUCAACGGUGCUGGUCACAAAGUUAGCCAUCUGUACGGGUUUGGCUUGGUGGACGCAGAAGCCCUUGUCCUGGAGGCGAAGAAGUGGACAGCAGUACCCUCCCAGCACAUGUGUGUCGCCGUCACUGACAAGAGGCCCAGGAGCAUCCCGGUGGUGCAGACGCUGCGGACCACCGCCCGGACCAGCGCCUGCGCCGACCACUCGGACCAGCGCGUGGGCUUCCUGGAGCACGUGGUGGCCCGGAUCUCCAUCUCCCACCCGCGCCGCGGGGACCUCCAGAUCCACCUGAUCUCCCCCUUGGGAACCAAGUCUCAGCUUUUGGCAAAGAGAUUGCUGGACCAUUCCAACGAAGGCUUUUCAAACUGGGAGUUCAUGACGGUGCACUGCUGGGGAGAGAAGGCGGAGGGGGAGUGGACAUUGGAGAUCCAGGACAUGCCGUCCCAGGUCCGCAACCCGGACAGACAAGGGAAGCUGAAGGAAUGGAGCCUUGUCCUGUAUGGCACGGCGGGGCACCCCUACAACACCUUCAGCUCCCAUCAGUCCCGCUCGCGCAUGCUGGAGCUGCCCACCCCGGGGCUGGAGCCCCCCAAGGCUGCCGUGUUGCUGUCCCCCGCUGAGGUUCCCGAGGACGAAGAGGACUACACAGCAUCCUCCGCCCACGGUUCUCCCAAUACUUUACAGACCAGUGUGUGCCAUCCGGAGUGUGGGGACAAGGGCUGCGACGGCCCCAGCGCAGACCAGUGCUUGAACUGCGUCCACUUCAGCCUGGGCAGCGCCAAGACCAGCAGAAAGUGUGUGAGCGUGUGCCCAUUGGGCUACUUUGGAGACUCAGCUGCCAGACGCUGUCGCCGGUGCCAUAGGGGCUGUGAGACCUGCUCGGGCAGGAGCCCCACGCAGUGCCUGUCCUGCCGCCGUGGGUUCUACCACCACCCGGAGAUGAGCACCUGCGUGAGCCUCUGUCCUGCGGGCUUUUACGCUCUGGAGAGUCAGAAAAAAUGCUUUAAAUGCCACCCAAGCUGUAAAAAGUGCGUCGGUGACCCAGAGAGAUGCACUGUGUGCACAGAAGGCUUCAGCCUCGCACGGGGCAGCUGCGUUCCAGACUGCGAGCCGGGCACCUACUUUGACUCGGAGCUGGUCAAGUGCGGGGUGUGCCACCCCAGCUGCAAGACCUGCGUGGGCCCCGGCAGAGAGGACUGCAUUCACUGUGCGGCGUACUUCCAGGACUGGAAGUGUGUGCCCGCCUGUGGCGAGGGCUACUACCCGGAGGAGAUGCCGGGCUUGCCCCACAGGGUGUGCCGCAGGUGUGACGAGAGCUGCCUGAGUUGCGAAGGCUCCAGCAGGAACUGCAGCCGAUGUAAGGCGGGCUUCACGCAGCUGGGGAGCUCCUGCCUCGCCAACCACACCUGCAGCAACGCUGACGAGACUUUCUGCGAGAUGGUGAAGUCCAACCGGCUCUGCGAACGGAAGCUGUUCACCCAGUUCUGCUGCCGCACAUGCCUCCGGGCCGGGUAGGGGCGCCCGGCCGCCCGCCAGGGCCAGGCCGCUCCCGUCGUCCGUCUGUCCGUCCUCCUGCCUCCCGACUGUGGGCCACGCCUGUUCCCGGGGCGGCACCCUGCGUCUGACAGUUUCUCUCCCAGGAGCCAAGUCCUGCAGCCGCCUGUGGGCACCCAGACCAGGUGGGUGGUGGGCUCCAGGAGGUGUCCCUAAGAUGGUGAUGUCCCCGCAAACGCCUCUUGCUGGCCGCAUCCUUCUGGCAGAUUCCGAACGGGAGCCACACGGGUCCUGGGGACACACAGCUUCGGAGCAGCUCUGGGACCAUGAGUUACUGAAUCUUCAAGACCAAAGCUGAAAGUCAGGACCCUUGGCCUCACGCAUCACCCCUUCCCCAGGCUUUCGACCUCUCCAGAGCAAAUCUCAGCCCACAGAGCCUGGCUGUCCCCACGCGUGAUGAAGGGCCGAGCCGAGCUGCCACAGAGCAGUGGGGUGGUUCGGUCAGGCUGUACAUAAGAUAGAUUUGGGGGGCAUAAACUGACCACCGGGGAUAGAGCGUCUAUUUCUACAUAGUCAGUGACUUUUAACAUGGCUGUGGCGUCUUAGAGUCAGCACCCAAACCCGGAGGGAAGGGCCUUCCCGGGAGCACCCCCCUUUCAGGGAGCCGGACGCCCCUGUUACCACCUUCUGUCUGUGUCUCUAGGAGUCUCGUGGCCCGAAUGCCCACUUCCACCUGACGCAGAGCCUCCUGAGGAGGGUCCCCAGGAGGUGUCCCGGGGGCCAGCCAAAGGGUGCCCAGUGACCAAGCAAUUCCUCUUACCGAGGUGUAAGCCCAGCCCAGGGAUUGUUACCCGGGCGCAUCCCAUCUCGUGGAAUCGCUGUUAGAACACUCUUGGCCUCUGCUGUCCGGGAGACUCGUUCUCACGGUGGCUGUCCCCGUGUCUGCGUGUCCUGUGAGCCUAACCACACGGGGAUCUCUUUCUGCCAAACCUGUGUCGGCAUUUUAUAAGCUACAUGUUCUGAUUUUUACCGACGUUAAUUAUUUUGACAAAUAUUUCAUAUAUUUUCAUUGAAAUGCACAGACCUGCUUGAUCGAGGCUCCCUGUAACACGGGAGUAACAUUUGCCUUAAAUUUCUUCGAGCUUCUACCUUCUCCGUGUCGUCCUGCUCCCCCUUUGACCGGAACGCACCCGACUUGUCCCUGUGAGCUGGGGGAGCCCCGCAGGUGUUGAUCGAAUCCACAACUCCGAAGAGGAAAUCCACAGAGCGAACACAGUGUUAACCCUGAAUGAAUAAAAGAGUUAA